GCCAGGUAAACAUUUUGACUUAUUUGCACUCAGCUUGUAUUCAGAAGUGAAGCAUUAUCAAGAAAACUUUGAUCCACUGCUUGCUUGGCACAUACUGCCUUGUGACAGAAGAGAAAAAUGAAGAUGGGACAUUUUGAAAUGGUCACCAUGCUGCUGGUAGCCUUGAUUCUAAUGGACAUCUUCCAGGUAAAGGCUGAAAUGUUAGACAUGGCAGAUAAUGCAUUCGAUGAUGAAUACCUAAAAUGUACAAACAGGAUGGAAACAAAAUAUGUUCCCCAACUGCUCCAGGAGGAAAAGACAAACCAUCAACUCUUAGAGACUGUGUGGGAAAAUGCAAAAAUCAAAUGGGAAGCCCGCAAAACUCAGAUCUCUCUCCCUAUGCGUUUUAAGGAUAACCAUGGAAUAGCCCUGAUGGCAUAUAUUUCUGAAGCUGGAGAGCAAAGUCUCUUUUACCAUCUGUUCAACAAAGCUGUGGAGAUGGCUGGGCAGUCUCGGAAGGACUACAUCUAUGACUUCCCAUUCAAAGCUUUUCAUUUUUACCUGACAAAAGCCCUGCAGUUGCUGAGAAGACCUUGUGAGGACAGUUAUAAAAAUGUGGUGUAUAAAACAAGUCGGGAUACUUCAUUUACAUUUGGAGGCCUAAACCAAGUCAGACUUGGCAAUUUCACAUUGGCAUAUUCAACUAAACCCCAAGCUAAUGACCAAAAAAUUGUGUUAACCAUCUACACGUGCUUUGGAGUUGCUGUUGAAAAAUUUUUUGAUAAAGAAAAUGAAAGAAUUGUUUUAAUACCACUGAAUGAGAUUUUUCAAGUGUCACAAGAAGGGACUGACAAUAACCUUAUCCUUCAAAGCACAAACAAGACCUGUAGCUAUUACGAGUGUGCAUUUCUAGGUGGACUGAAAGCUGAAAAUUGUGUCGAGAACCUAGAAUAUAUUCAGCCCAUCUAUGUCUAUCACUCUGGUGAGGAAAACCAGAAGCUUGAAGAUGCUGGUAUGAAAAGCCUUGAACCUACUCCUGAACCUGGAAUGAAAACUCCAGAACAUCUUCCACUUCCUGGAAUAAAAGUGGUACAACCGGAUAAAAUGCUUGAAGACAGAAGUCAAGGAAAUAUCAACAAUCCUACUGCAGGUCCAGUUCCUGUUCCAGGUCCCAAGACCCAUCCUUCUGCAUCCUCUGGCAAAAUGCUCCUUCCACCAUUUGAUAUAUUCAUCAUUUUAAUCAGUGCUUCUGCUGUAAAUCUUUUUGUUGCUCCAUAGUUUGAUACACUCAUUGUCUUAUUCUUUACUUGGAAUAUACUACAGGGAUCCCACCCACAGGAGGUCAAAAGGAAUGAUGUAUUUUUCCCUUGUUGGCCAGUCACUUUAUAAAAUGAGAACUGUGUAUUUAUUUAUUUAUUUUGCAAUUCAGAAAGUUGGUCCAGAUAUAAUGUCACAAAAUUAACUUUCAUUUAUUUCUGUAUUAAUCUU